UCGAGCCCGCGCGCAGUUCGUUCGGCUCUCCGGGAAACGGGAAAUAAAUCGGUGUGGGUGUGUGUGUGUGUGUGUGUGCGCGCGCGGCUCUGACGGUGAGUGACGUGUUGAGCCGUUACGUGUUCUUCUACGGCGGGACCUCCGGUUGACUGGGAGCACCGGGAGCACCGGGAGCACCGGGAGCACCGGGCGGCACGGCCCGACGGGCUGAGCCGCCACACCGACCGCUCAGGCCUCCAGGCCCCUGAAGCUGAGCCGGUGACCUGAUGACCUGCCAGUUCACCGAGCCCUCAGACACCGUCCAGAGCGAGGAACGAGACAACCGCGACCCCGGGUCUCUGGAGACGGACGAGAGCCGCAUCGCGUCGGCCAUGAAGGACCUGAGGACCGCGGGCUGGUACUGGGGCGGUCUGACGGCGAGCGAGGCCACGGGGGUCCUGCGGGACGCGUCCGAGGGGACCUUCCUGCUGCGGGACAGCUCCCAGACGGACUUCCUGUUCACCAUCUCCGCGGUGACGGCGGCCGGCCCCACCAACCUGCGCGUCGCGUUCAAGCACGGGAAGUUCACGCUGGACUCGGUGGUCCUGGCGAGGCCCCGGCUGCGGCGGUUCGACAGCGUGGUCCACCUGGUGGAGCACUACGUCCUCCUGUCCCGGGCCGGGGACGAGGCGCUGCCCGGCCCCCCGGUGGCGGCGCCCGGCGGCGCGGUGCAGCUGCGGCUCACCAGGCCGGCGUACGCCGCCACGCCACCGCUGCAGCACCUCUGCCGCGUCGCCAUCAACCGGAGGACUCGGCGGGUCCAGGACCUGCCCCUCCCCCUCAGACUGAAGGACUACCUGACGGACUACAGGUCAUCUUCAUCAUCGUCUCAGCGGAGGCCCCUAAUUGGCCGACAGGCGGCCGUGAGGGUCAGUUGGGGCGAACGUUGUGAGGCAGCCGGACGACGUCGAGAACAAACAGACGUCAGAGUGUAACCUGUUGAACUUUGUCCCUGGGACUGUGGACCAAUCAGAUCACAGGAAAACAGUCCUCAGGUCUCUGGGAUUGUGGACCAAUCAGAUCACAGGAAAACAGUCCUCAGGUCUCUGGGAUUGUGGACCAAUCAGAUCACAGGAAAACAGUCCUCAGGUCUCUGGGACUGUGGACCAAUCAGAUCACAGGAAAACAGUCCUCAGGUCUCUGGGAUUUUGGACCAAUCAGAUCACAGGAAAACAGUCCUCCGGUCUCUGGACCAAUCAGAUCACAGGAAAACAGUCCUCAGGUCUCUGGGACUGUGGACCAAUCAGAUCACAGGAAAACAGUCCUCAGGUCUCUGGGAUUGUGGACCAAUCAGAUCACAGGAAAACAGUCCUCCGGUCUCUGGACCAAUCAGAUCACAGGAAAACAGUCCUCAGGUCUCUGGGACUGUGGACCAAUCAGAUCACAGGAAAACAGUCCUCGGUCUCUGGGACUGUGGACCAAUCAGAUCACAGGAAAACAGUUUCCCGGUCAGAACGUGUUUUUCGGAUUGUUAUGAAUGCAGCAUGAAUACUCAACCAAUCACAUCCCACCGUUGUGUUGUUGUUGCGUGGAGACUUUAAUUAAAAAUGAUGGUUCUCAUGA